CCCGAAAAGAAGAGAGUAGCCUUACUAGGAUUUCCCCACGCUCGGAAAUAGGUCAAGCGAGUGGAUUUAAGAGUUAUCCCUUGGCAAAGGAGUUGUCGUUUCUGAUCGGGGUAACUCUUUCAGGAUUUGGUCCUGGAGUUCCCCGGUUGCGAUGUCCGAGAUGGAACUGGGGGCAGUUCAGAAUGGAGACGGGGAGGAGGGCCCUGCAGCUGCCACCCCGUCUUAUAUUACAGGUCGUAUACAUCAAGCAGUGACUGGGCUAGAUGGAAAAAUUUUUUUGAAAUUGCUUCCAGCUUCUAAACCUUUAGAUAAUUUGAAGCCUCUGGGUCAGUUUCCAGUCAUGUCUCAUGCUGUUAAAGGAAAUGUUUCAGUAUCUCAUGAUAAUGUGAAGACUUUGUUUACAAGUACUACUUCAUCUCCUGCUGCUAAAAUCUCUGCAUUAAAGACAGUUAUGUCCCAACCAUUAAUUUUACCAAAGCCUUUAAAUCAACUAGAAAAAGUUAAUGUAGCUUCUGUUGUAAAAGAAAAUCCAACUACAUCAACAGUUUCUGGCAUUCAGAGUAGUUAUUCAACUGAUAGAUCAUCCUUGCAGAAAGUUGAUGCUCCAGUUUGUUCAGACAUGAGCUAUACAGAUAUGACAAUUGUGAAGACAAAACAUACUCCACUUUCUGGGAAAUCGCCAACGUUGCUUUCUGGACAUCACCUCCAAAUACCACCUCAUGCCAAAGUUAAAUAUUUUCCAGCUUCUUUUUUGCCACCAGUAAUUCAGCAGAAAAUCCUGGCUGCAGCUACAGCCUCAAAUACUUCAGGGACAGGGGAAGUUAAAAACGCACCAACCGUUAUUUAUGUAUCACCAGUAAAUGCAGUGAAAAUGCCUGCUUCGCAAUCAUUGCAAAAUAUAUGUCCAAAACCGGUGGCAGAAGUAUCAAAUUCUUUAAUACUGGCAACACCACAAAAAGCUGUCAAUCGCUCUGCUGUAGAAGUAUCAACAUCUGACAGUAUGAAAAACCAGACAUCUCCUAUGAAAUGGGUUGUUCAUGAAAAUCCACAGUCAUCAGCAUCUUGCCUUGUCCCUGUAAAAUCAUCUAAUUACAUGGCAUCUAAGAUCUUAAAAACAUUGGCUGAUAUAAAAAAUGUCAAAAGCAAUUCUACCAGUCUUCUGCCUACUUGUUCUAACAACGAAAGCCAUGCAAAAAUUACCUCUAUGAAAGACAAUGCUCUAGUAAUGUACAGUGGGAAGGUAUAUUUACUGACUAGAAAAGAGGGUAAUAUUUUAUCAACACCCAAGCAUAGCAAACAAGAAAGCACAAAUAUCAGAAACCAAACAUCAGAAUUAAUUAGUUCAGCUACAGAUAGUACAAUAGCCAAUCAGGUUGUCAAUCUUGUACUAUCAAAAAACAAAGGGAUUGCAUCUAAUGUGAAAGAACCUAAAUCCAGUGAUAAUAUGUUACCUUAUCUAGAAUCUGAAGUGAGGAAGGUUUUAAAAGCAGAAUCAACACCUGCCUCGCCACAUGACAAUCUGCAAAUAAGCAGCACCAGCCAACAUGAAGCCGUGUCCUCAUGGCAGACUGUUUCAGUUGGGAUAAAUGUUGCUCAGAAAUGCGUCACAAAAGAAAACACAGAUAGUAUUACACAGAAAGCUCUUUCUUCUAAAGCCACUGCUGAUGCUACAUUGCCAGUUGUGGUACAUCAUGCAGUUAAAGAGGAAGAGCAGCAGGUUGAAAUAACUUCUUCAGAGAUGCCUAUUCAGAUGAAACAUAAGCAAAAGCAACAGAACAAACAGUAUCUUCAGCUGAGAAAGAAAUUUGGUCUCUUCAAAGAAGAGAGAGUAUAUCUUAGGAGAAUUUUUUUACCAGUUCCUUCUAAAAGUUCAGAAGCAUCUGUAUUUUCCAGCAGUGUACAAAUUAAUUAUAUUAGUAAUUUGAUGCCUAUGCCUAUGAAAAGUGAAUCUGGAAAAGAAGAAAGGAUAAUUGGGAAACAGGGAGAAGAGUUGAGUAUAAAGAGGAAGACAAAAGUAAUACCAGUUUUAGAAAAUCCAAAGAGGAGAAAAAAUGAUGUUACAACAGUGCUGAACUCAAAGUUAGAGUGUAAUGACUCUUAUUCAGUAAUGGAAAACUUGAGUAAUUCUUGCACACAGGACUUAGCAGAACAAGAACAAUCUUCUAGUUUUCAGCUGUGUUCUCAUAAAGUCACAAAUCCUUGUGAUCACAACAAUGAAGAGAACAGUGUUUUGAAUCCUACUUCAUAUUGCCAUGAAACUGCUCUCAAUGAGGGUUCUUUCAAAAAGGAUCAUUUUUCUUUCAGCCACCCAGACUUGGAAGAGGCAAUAAAAGAUGAGAAAAUAACAAGGCUUAAACUGUUGCUGAGGGAACAAGAGGCAGCCUUGGAGGUGAUUCGAAAAAAAAUGCAUAAAUCUUAAAAAAACUAGGCCUUCUCAGAGUUCACUUUCAACUACUUUGCUUCUGCAACUUGCUGAAACAUUGCCUAUUGCCGUUCAUGUUUAACUUAUCAUAAAUGUAAUUUUCCUGAUGUUUUUGUUGUUUUGUUGUUUAUUUGUCC